AUGAUCGCCCACCGAGCAAGCCGCCUCGUGGCGCGCAGAUUUAUCAUCUCACGACCGACACAAUUCAAGAGCAGCUUCAAUGCAACUCGCCCGAGCACGUGCACAUUAUCAACCUGCUCCACAUCGAGCGGCCUACAUUCCACAUCGCUUGUCUCAGCACUACGGGGACUUCGACUCAACCAGUCUUCAUCUUCGCGACAAAUCGCGCGCCAGCAAAUCCGGGGAAUGAAAGUACGCAGCAGUGUCAAGAAGCUGUGCGAUGGCUGCAAGAGCGUGCGGAGGAAGAACCGGACCGUGUACAUCAUUUGCAACAAGAACCCGAAGCACAAGCAGAGGCAGGGAUAG